AUGGAGAAGUAUUCCAAAUGGAGGGACCCUGGGACGGGUAUUCAACCUUUCUUACCUAUAGUACCACCUCGUACAGUCUCUCCGAUAUUCGUAGCUAUCCUUGGACCAUUCUCUCUUGUUCAUUCAAUUGCCCGUACGAUCUUAUUAGGAGCAACAGCCCUCCUACAUGUCAUCUUAGUAGACGGAUUAUGUCUGCUAUUAAUACCUGUUCCACCCAUUUAUCGACUGGUCUCAUCAGCCUUCACAGCUUUCACAUGUAGAUUAGCUUUAGCGUUAAUGGGUUAUUGGUGGAUCACAACCGAUAUAUAUUCACCUAAAAGAGGUAAAAACGGCGUAUCUCAAAUAUCUACUAUAUCACCUAGAAAAGGCGAUUUGAUCAUUUCUAAUUGGACAAGUUACGUUGAUGUCCUCUAUCUGGCUUUCAGGCAUAAUCCAACAUUCCUAUUACCAAUCUUCUCGCCGGAUAUCUCAACUUCAACAGCCAAAACUGGCAGACAUACAGGUACAGGAUCAGCUUCUAUAAAUUCAACUUUAUCUCAACCACCUUUAUUAGGAUAUCAACCCAUUUCAAUAAUCUCCCUCUUAGCUAAGACAGGUUCUCUUCCCGAUACGUUUGAUGUACCUCCUAAAGGAAUGUACAAGACCUUGCGUGAAGCAAGAAGGAAAGAAGGUAGACCAAUCGCAUUAUUCCCAGAAGGUACAACGGGUAAUGGAAGAGCUUUAUUGAGAUUCGCAGAGGGUACAAUCGCACAAAGUGAUAUAGGUGGUGAUGAUGAAGGUCUAGUUUGGAUCAAAUUUAUAAGGCAUACACCACCUACGCCAUUCGCUGCAUCAGCUACAUGUCCACUGCCACAACCAUUGAAACAUCUGACAUUCUCGUUGCUAUAUACACCAACUCCAAUUCCGAGUAGAUCAGUACAUAUCAGAACAUUACAUCCUUCAGCAUCACCUUCUUCACCUUCUUUCUUACCUUCAGAGAUACUGAAUAACGCCCCGGGAGGAUUAGAUAACGCAGCCAAAGAUCCGAAUUCAGUUUGGAGAGAAGCGACGGCUACAGUGCUUGCUGAAACGGGCAGAGUCAGAAGAACAAAAGGUAUGGGUUGGGUAGAGAAGGGAGGGUUUUUGGAUUAUUGGGGGAAAAGGAAAUAG